GUUUUUGUGCCAAGUUUAAUCAUCUCGCAAAUUCAUGAGCUAAAGGGGGCAAAAAUUGUUAAGUGAUAUCACAUUAUUAAUAUUCUCUGCUUCUUAGAGGGCACAUUGCAUUCUCCUUCAAUCAAGGAGCUUUGCCUUACCACCCUGGGCUCAAGAACAGUACGUAUGACCUAUGACCUUUCGUACCCAUCUGCUGCAACACGACGACAUCACCCUUCCGCACGUCUUGCCAGGGUUUUGCUUUUAACCUUGCAUCAAAAAACCCUUCAUGUUGCAAUCUUUACUCUCUUCUCUUCAUUUUCGAACGAGUUUCAGCUUCCGUCGCGCCCACACAAGGCGCUUGUUGAGGUCGUUUUGUGUGUGCAGUGUGCGGCGUGGUAGUGAAGGUGGGGAGGGGGGCGGUAAGGCACGGUGGGAGAACAACACGGCCACCAGCAGACGACAGCCCAGACUUGCAGUGUUUCCUCCAGGGGGAAGACAUCUACAGAAGCAAAACGAAAUGGCAGAAGAAACGUUACGCCACGUGAAGAAAAGAAAGAAAGGCCAAACCUACGUCAACAACAUUGCAAACUUCUACUUGCAAGUGAUUGGAGCAGGUUCCCGUGAUACGUGUCCGUCUCUCUUUGUCUUCAGUGAUACUAAACGAUAUCUUUUCAACUGUGGAGAAGGAACCCAGAGAAUUAUGAUGGAACAUAAGGUGAAGGUGAGCAGAAUGGAGGACAUCUUUCUAACCAGACUGAGCUGGAACAAUGUAGGGGGUUUGGGAGGCAUGACACUGACUCUGCAGAGCAUUGGUGUACCAGAAGUGCGGGUGUACGGACCUCCUAACGCAGAAGAUUUCUACCAAGCAUUAAAAGACUUCACAUACUUUCCAAAGAUAAAAGUUGAUGUGAAGCCGUACCAGCUGUCCCCCAUGACUGAUGAUGUCAUGACUGUUUGGCAGGUACCAAUCAGAGCUCCUGACACAUCAUCUGAAGGUGGGCUCAGCCUAGGCCAGGUCUAG